UUGAAUUAAAUGAGAGUAAAAAUUGAAAUGAAAAAUUUUUAAUAUUUCACGCAAUAAGCAGUUUUGUUAUAUAAGUUGAAACGCUCAAUCAAAUGACGGCGGCCACCUGAGCCACAGCCAUUAAAAGUGAAUCGCAUAACCUCAACUCAGCAAAACACAAUCACGCUUAAUCGAUAAUAAAAAUAAGAGAAAAAUAAAAGUAAUCAAAAGAUUUCCUACGAUUUUCUCUGUUUUAGCUGCCAUAGAUAUGUUCGCCAAACCAAUAUGAGGGUACCCUAAUGCCUUAAUGCCAUUAGUUUAAAAGGUAUAACGUUAGACGUAUAUACCUGCAUUGCCAAAAAGGCAAUUUUUUACUUUUUUACUAACUUCUUCUAUCCCGCCCUAUUAGCACUUUUCUAAUACUAUCCUAAACAUAGUAAUACAUUAACGAAAUGGGCAAGAAAAAAGUGCCCAGCGAAGAUUUAAUUGUGCCACCGCAAGAUAAUCGCAUAUGUGGCACUAUAUGCGUAUGUCAAAUGACACUUGUGCUCAGUUCGGUGGCAUUGGUGUACUUGACAGUUGCCAUUUAUAUGCCAUCAACGCGCGCUUUCAAAAGUGGUAUCGAUCCAACUCCAGUCAUGUGCACAACAACACGUGCUGUCAACAAGGACAACUGUGAAUGGGGUUCGUGUGGUGAAUGGUGUCUGAGUAAAACUUCGGGCGCCUGCAUACAAAUCUAUGUGAAUUUACGUAAUAAUGGCACUAACAUUACCUUCCAAAAUUGUACGAACUCAGCGAAUAAAACAUGCUAUGGCAUUGAUCAGGACCGUGCCGAUAAAGCGCGUUGCAUCAAUGAUGAAUGCAAAAAUUUGACAGGUACUUUUAAUUGCACCGCAGGACAGUGUCUGAAUAUAACGGAUGCAUUUGAAUGUGUCUUUCAUAAUAGUGAUUCACCAGUUAAGUGUUCCGGGCGGCGUGGUAAAAUAAAUUGCAUGGAUAUAAGUGGGUUAUUCUCAUGCAAUCGUGGCACAUGUAGGAAAAUACGCACGCCAUACAACUGUGAUCGACGUUGUGUGGAUAUACCAACUCGUAAUAAAAAUGUUGUGGUACUAAGUGGCGAUAAGGUGUAUCUUUCGCAGUGUCAAAAUGCAAUAAAUGCAGAUACCGAAGAGGAAGUUUGGAAUGAAUCUGCUGAUAAUGUAGUAAUGACCUCAUGUUAUUUCAUUAAAAAUACAUCAGAUAGAGUGGAAGCUGUUGAUUGCAUAAAUGGCUCCACACUGGAACACAAUAUGUUGACUGAUUUGACAAACUUUACAUAUCUCAGUCAUUUGCAUGCAUCUGUUGCUGUACCAAUUCCAGAAAUUGCACCACCUGAUGUCGAUUUGACCAUAUCCAAUGAAUCAAAAUUAAUGAUUAAUUUGGAAGGUUGCGUAAAUACGCUGAUGGAUGAAUGCAAAGAAUUUCUUAAGGAUUUCGGACGCGAUGGUAGCGAUCACAAUGCCCGAGCACGCUUUCCAUGUUUUUAUUCACCAUUAAAGAAGGAUAUUGUUGUUGCACGUUUCGAUUUGGAAGUUACUUACAGGCAAUUUGUUGUUGCUUCAAUAGUACCAUCAGUUCUCUUCGUUGUGUCCUGUCUUGUGCUAUUGUUAUGUCAAAAAACGGUUUAUGUGGGGGAUGAUGCGAAAAUGCGAUUUAAAGGCUGUGUGGAUACGGACACAAUAUUAGCUAAAAAUAACAUGGGCUCACAAAAUAAUUUGGGCGAUACUGGUGGAGGAGGCGGUGACGAAGUUAUGGCACUAUGAGAUCCGUCACGCAUUCCUCUACUACAAGAAGACAGUCCAACUCAUCAAGCUGGUGUUUUUGCAUUACAAUAAUUUAAUUAAUUAAAUUACUUCAAAAGCAAGAAUUUGCAUAUUAUUACUUCGUGUUUUUUAACUUAAUAAAUUCAUCACUUAAAAAAGCUUGCAAUAACCACAAACACAAAACAUUCAAA